AUUUUGCCCUGUUUUCCUUUAUUCACAGAAGCUAGAACUGGUAGAUCUCUCUCUCUCUCUCUCUCUCUCUCUCACCUAAACAGUUUUCCCUUUCGCCAUCGCACCCGGCAACCGUAGAGGGCUUACAAGUAUAGAAUCUCCGCCUCUCCUUAACGAAAUAGAAAAGAAAACGCCGUAGAGGAAGGUUGGAAAUGAGUUCUGAAGCUUUCCAAGUUGCUAAGGUGUACCGCAACUUGCUCAAAGCUGUAGUUAAACAUAUAGGCAAAGAAGACAACAAGAGGCACUUCAGAGAACAUGUAACAGAGGAAUUCAGGAAGAACUCUAUACUAUCAGACCUCACAUCAAUUCGCCAGAAGAUAAAGCUUGCCCAAGACUACACAUAUUUUCUCAAUAGUGUGCACCAUCACAAGGAACUGUUGUUUUCUUACAACAUUGCUGUAGAUAGAUCAGAGGAAAUGAAAAGAACACUUGGGAAGUCUGCUGCAAGCGUUGGUCUUCAACUGCCUGAAGUUUAUGAAUCUUGAGUGUUUUCUAUUCAUUCUCAUAUUGGCUUAAAAAAACAGUUUUGCACCUUAUGCAUUGUUGAGAAUUUAGAGUUUUAUAUUCCUGACAUCAGAAAAAAAAAGUCCACUACAGCUGCUGGACUGAUGAUUUGAACUGUUUUUGUCUUUUCCUACCUUUUUCCUGACUGGGAACCAAAAUGAUAAUGAGCUUUCAGUUUGAGCUCUCUUUUCUGAAGUAAUUACAUAAUAAUUGAUGAAACGGAUCUAUCUCA